AUGACCGAACAGCAGGCCGUCUCCAGGAUUGCAGUCCGUUUGCCGCCGUCCUGGCCCGACAACCCGGUACUCUGGUUCGCGCAGGCAGAGGCAAGUUUUAGCUGCGCUGGAAUAACGGUCGAAGCAACUAAAUUUGCGCUGAUUGUGAGCCAACUCGACCAACGUUAUGAAGCCGAGGUGCAGGACGUAAUCACAGCACCGCCCGAGGCUGGAGCUUACGCCAGGCUAAAAUCAGAGUUGAUUCGACGGGUGGCCGCGUCACAAGAGGACCGGAUACGUCAGGUUCUGACACAGGAAGAAAUUGGCGACAGGAAGCCUUCUCAAUAG